UGCCGGACUUCGCUACAUACGGCACACCCACCGGUAUCGCCCUGAGCACAGUGUCAGACCAACGCGCAGCCAGGAACAGCCUGUGCCGGGAGCUUGAGUCGUCAUCGCCCCCAUCCAGGCAAGAUGGAGACACAGACGCGAUCACGGCCCGAGUUGCGCCCAGUCUGGACCGGCCGCGAGCAACAUGCAGGCUAUGCCCGAGCCUCGCCAUACUUGGCGACAAGCCCGCUAUACUCGGCCUCCUCGAGUGUCCCCAGCCCGUUGUAUCCGCCAUCCCCUGGCUACGACCAAUCUAUGAGAGCACAUGAGCGGGCUUUGGUAGACCGGCUGGACCACCGAGGACGGCGCGAAUCUCAAGAGUCUCUGACCACGAUCCGCUCGCUCUCCCCUAUUUCCGAGCAGAUCCUGCGCGCUCGUCGCGCAUCGGUGGCCAGCUUACCCCAGUCCCGUCCGGCGGCCCCAUCCCCACGGUCUCCCCGGCGCAUGCAGUUUGCCAGGAGGCAGACGCUUGUGGCUGAGGCAAGGUCGAUUCUGCUUUCAGGGACGCCCGACGGACUGCCUCGCCCUCCACCAAAACCCGCCGGUACCCUCACCGAUCGUCGGCAGUCCUUGCCUUCGUCGUUCCUUAGUGCGCGGCGGAACAGCCAGCAGCUGCGGCAGGAGCUCCUGGAUUGGGGCCGCGUUUACCUGGGCAACGCCCGAGUAGCCGACUGCUUCGUAGCGGCUGUGGCUCUUAGAAGACCUAGCGAUAGCUCGUCAGCAGACGAGGCCGUCGCAGUGAAGGACAAGCCGGCCGAGGGGAGCAGCCGGGUUACCAUCCGCGCCCGUGUUCGGCCGUGCGCGCUAGAUCGAAAGCCUUUUCUCAUACGACGAACGUUCGACAUGGAUGAGCUGAGAGCUACCAUUCCGGAACCGUCAACUGUGACACCCAGAACCGCACGGCCUACCGCUGAGCGCAACGGCCAAAGCCCCCUCCCAGCUAGCCAGCGACGCUCGUCGAUGGCGGCCAGCAUUGAGCAUGGCUUGCAUCUUGGCAGGUCGCCGCUUCAGAGCACCAAUACAGUGCCAAUCCACCUGAAGUAUGCACGUGCCUUUCUCCCCGUCGUGGCUGCAUUUCUCUACUCUGGGCACAUCAAGACAGGCGAUAUCAUCGAUCUGCCGCUGCCCUACCCCGAAGCCUGGGUCCAAACGGUUGCACAUGUCUACACCGGCCAGGGAGAGGCGACCGAGGCCAUGAAGCAAAACAUCCUGUAUCUGGGAGGUAGAGUAUGAGACCGGGAGUGGGGAGCAUCAGGGAGUUCUCAUCACGCCUUUAACUGUUAUUCUCCUCUGUCGUCAUCAGCCACAUGACCUGAGCUUUGACUCGUCACUAAUGGACCCCUCAUCUUGUACUGUAUACAGUAUGGCGGGCUUUUGCCGGGGGGCUCUUGCCCUACACAGUUUUGCAACAUGUCUUCGCGACAUCACAUGCCCAGUGAGAGCCCGUGUCUGCCGUUUGUCCGUCCAUCACCAGGUGUGAAUU